UGGAUCGGCUUUAGCAAGAAACCUAUUUACGAGUCCACAAGAUUUAUUUUCAAUUUUCUUAGGUGUUCACUAAUUAUUUGAGGAAUACUACUGCAUUGUAACGCUGUAUGAGUAAUAUACGAAAAUGGGGAAAAUAUUUAUAACUAAAAGCUACCGAUAUGCGAUGACCGGAUUGGGGAUUGCAGAAGUUGCAUUCGGAUGCACUGUAUUUUGCCUUGCACUCGGAUCUGGAGAUAUUACAACGAACCAAACAACAUAUUCGAAUAUUUUAUAUCUCGUGCUAACUUUAGUGACGUCUUUAGUCCUCAUAUUAUGCGGAGGUGUUGCUAUAGAUACGGCGAAGAGAGGAACAUCUUGUUACUUGAUGUUAACUCUUGUAUUCUCAACUGUUGCAACUCUUUUUUCGUGCGCAUUACUCGGACUUCAAGUAUAUGUUACUGUUGAAUAUCAGGCAUCAGGGGUAUCGACUCCUUACACGUUCGCGGCACUCACUCUGGGAUGUGUAGUAUUGGGAACAAGUUUUUUUUUAUGUUUCACUAACAUAUGCUUAACAUGUACUGCGGGAGGCGCUUGUGGACCUCCGAAUAAUGUCUCCCCGUCGGCUGAUCAAAAUGCGGGCAAUGCAAAGGAUGUAAAUGAAGAGAUACCAAAGAAUGACCUUCCACUGCACGAGCCACGGCCUAGCACAGCCAAGAUCAACGAAUAUUGGAAUGAGGCAUACGUAACGACACAACCGGACAAAUCACAAUCAACCAAUGGAAAGAAAACAGAACCAGUUUUUGCUGAAGAUGUUUGAUUGCAUACGAUUUUCCCUCUUAUUUACUUUCGCAAUAAAACCAAGUUACACAGAACUCUUCGACAAGACGAUGAGACGGGUUAAUGGCGCGCACGUCAAAGGCAUAAAUCCCUCGAUCAUGAAAUAUAUUUCUUUACUACUUGCACUUUUAGGGAUUUGUAUUCGUUCUGUUUAUAGCAACAAAAUUCAUAUUUGAUUUUGUUAAAUAUUUCUAUUUGUGUAUAAAAUUUUUGUUUUAUAUGUACUUGAAUCUAUUGAAUUCAUGUGAUGUCAGUAUUUAUUUUUUUUUUUUUUUUCA